AUGGACAACUUUCCACCGGAAGUGCAGCAUAUUUUGGCACCCGCCUUCAGCAUACUUUCGGCCACGCAACUUAAUCAGAUGGCUGAUCGGUUUAUGAAGAUGCACGAUUUUUUCAAUCCAUCCAUUGCAGCACUCUCAACUCCCUCAUCUCCUCCUGCGUCUCCCAUUUCGCAGUUGGAGAUCGAGCUCAGCAAGCUGGCCAAUCAUCCAGAUCCUGAAGUUCUGCCUCAAGGCGUACUUUACAUUCGACGGAACAAUCUACGAGCCGGUGAAGGGAACGCCAAUGGGUUCGCCGAUUUCGGGACUCAUAGCCGAGGCGAUCCUUCAACAGCUGGAGUCGCUGGUUUUCCGACACCACAGACCGAAAUUCUGGGCUCGGUAUGUGGAUGACACCUUCGUCGUCAUCGAACGGGAUCAGGUGCUGACUUUCAAAGAACAAUUCAACGCCGUCUUCCCGUACAUCCAAUUUACGAUGGAGGAGGAGGAAAACAAUCAGCUGGCCUUCGUGGAUGUCCUCGUCUGCCGCAAAGAUUGUGGUGGCCUAAAAACCAAAGUGUUCAGGAAAGCGACAAAUACGACGCAAAUACUGAACUUCAAUAGCAACCACCCGAUCAGUCACAAACGCAGUUGCGUAAGGGCGCUAUACCGGCGCGUUGAGACGCACUGCAGUGAAAUGGAAGACAAGGUUGCUGAAUUACAAUAUCUUCGACGGGUAAUGAGAGCCAAUGGCUACCCGAGCAACUUUGUCAACCAGUGCAUACGAGAAGGACACCAAAGACCAAAUCCAACUAGCCCCAAAUAUUGGCGGGCUCUUCCGUACGUGAAGAACGUCUCGGAAGCCGUCAGUCGUCUUCUCACUCCACUUGGAGUUGGGGUUGCACACAGGCCGGAAGCAACCAUUAGGCGCCAAGUAAUGAGGCCAAAAGACCCGCUGCCACGGCAGGAAACGUCUGGAGUCGUUUACCGGAUCUGGUGUAGUUGCGGACAAAACAAUUAUGUCGGAGAAACUGGGAGAUUACUCCGUAUGCGACUUGCCGAGCACGCAGCAGCAGUGAGGCGGGGAGACGCUAACUCUCAAGUGGCGGCACACUCGACGGGACUCGGCCAUAUUUUCAAAUUUUAAGAGGCCGAAAUCCUCGCAAGGGGUGACAACCGCGUGAGCCGCGAGCUGCUCGAGUCAUGAUUCUCAGGCCUGCAAUCCAUCAACAAACACAAUGACCUCCCGGUACCCUAUUCCGUAUUGCGAUUUUACCUGGACAGGAGAAUCAGUCACGUGGGGAGGGCGCGGGUGAGCAAUUAUCACGGUGACAGGGGGCCAGUUUGCCGAGCAAUCUUCACACCAGCAUCGAGCACGGAUGACGAAAUCGCGGCAAUUAGCAACUCGGACUCGGACCGCCAAGCCACCGUCGCAUCGAUUACGACCCCAGCGGCGAUUGCGAGAACUGUUAAUUGCAGUGCGCAUACGGUCCCACGGCAGCCACGUGCCAUAAAUACUGCACUCCUGGUGCCACCUUCAACUCUAUCUGCGAAUGUCUCUGAUGAUGGAUUCGAGUGAGAAUCCGAAACGUCAGGCAAAUAAACCUCUUGUUCCAGUGAUCGCAUCUUCAUCUUCUGAAGCUGGCCGAUGAUAUAGCUUCAGUCCAGAAGCAGGCAGUUUCUACCUCAUCUCGAGGCCAACCGAAGCCGUCCACCCCGCAUCUCCAGUCUUCAUAUUCAGCCUGUCCUAACGCACCUGCCAUCUGCUGGUACCACACCACCUUUGGUGUUAAAGCCCGUCGCUGCUUCUCCCCUUGCUCCUUCACCUCCAAGCAGAGCAAACGGGUAAAACCGGUCAGCCCGAAGGUCUGGCAGCCAAACUUCCCGGCAGCUCUAACCCUGGUCGCACAUUUUACGUCCGCGACACCAGGAGUGGCAGACGUUUCUUGGUUGACACUGGUGCCCAGCUAAGUGUCAUUUCACCCACACCAGCUGAUCGUCGGUGCCCCAAUCCCGGUCUUUUUCUACAGGCCGUCAACACAUCGACAAUUACCACAUUUGGCACCUGCACCCUCUCUCUGGCCAUCGGUCUCCGGCGUCUCUUCCUUUGGGUCUUCGUCGUUGCUGACAUCCCCUGUGCAAUUCUCGGUGCAGAUUUCCUCGCCGCUUUCGAUCUUCUGGUCGACUGCCGUCAGUCACGUCUACACGACAAGACCACCAACCUCACUGGUGACCCUGAACCCGACAAUCCAUUUCGGCAACUCCUCGCCAAAUACCCCGGCCUCACUCGUCCCAACUUCAACGUUUCUAUUCCUCCACAUGACGUUGUUCAUCACAUUCGGACCACCGGCCCUCCCGUGUUUUCUCGCCCCCACCGUCUCGCGCCUACACGUCUUGCUGCCGCCAAGGCCGAAUUCGACCACAUGCUUCAAAUGGGCAUUAUCCGUCAGUCUGAAAGCCCAUGGGCCUCACCCCUCCACAUGGUCCCAAGGGCCGCCACUGGUAAUUGUCGCCCCUGCGGUGUUCACAGGGUCCUGGACAACGUUACUGUCCCGGACCGCUACCCUGUCCCACAUCUUCAGGAUUUUGCCGGUGCCCUAUUCGGCAAGUCUGUAUUCUCGAAGAUCGACCUGAUCCGUGCUUUCCACCAAAUUCCCGUAGCCCCAGAGGACGUUUCGAAGACGGCCGUUACCACCCCCUUUGGCCUCUUUGAGUUCCUGCGCAUGCCGUUUGGACUUCGCAACGCCUCCCAGACCUUCAAAAGGUUUGUAGAUAGAGUGCUUCGCGGCCUACCAUUUGUCUAGGCCUAUAUCGACGACCUUCAGGUAGCCAGCUCCACCACCGAAGAACACAUGGAACAUCUUACAACGGUGUUUGACCGACUUCAACAAUUUGGCGUUGUUCUCAACCCGUCCAAGUGCGUCUUCGGUGUGCCCUCCCUAGAAUUUCUCGGCCAUCUGGUCGACUCCCACGGCAUUCGGCCUCUUCCCUCAAAGUUUGCCGCCAUUCGGGACUUUCCACCCCCCACCUCGAAGCGUAAGUUGCAACGGUUGCUUGGUAUGGUGAACUUUUAUCGCCAGUUCCUACCGAACUGUGCUGAUCUCAUUUUGCCGCUCACUAACGUGCUUUCUGGUCCCACAGGUCCCCUCGAGCUGACUGGUGAAGCACUGACUGCUUUUGAGAGAAUCAAGAAUUCUCUUGUUGAUGCCACCUUACUCACAGAUCCCGCUCCCGAAGCUCAGCUGUCUCUGAUGGUGGAUGCUUCGACCGUAGCUGUAGGUGCAGUCCUUCAACAACACCUUGCUAGUUCGACUCAACCACUUGCCUUUUUCUCCAAAAUCCUCUUACCAGCUGAGACACGCUACAGUACCUUUGGCCGUGAACUACUUGCCAUUUACCUGGCUGUGAAGGAUUUCCGGCAUUCCCUUGAAGGUCGUGACUUCACCGUUUUCACUGACCACAAACCGUUGACGUUUGCACUUCGUUCCCACACUGACAAACUAAACCCCCGGGAAAUCCGACAACUGGACUACAUCUCACAGUUUACCUCAGACAUCGGCCACAUCGACGGGUCACGCAAUGAGGUGGCUGACGCACUGUUCAGGCCCUCCAUUGCUCAUCUUCAUCUUUCACCCGGGAUAGACCUCGCUGAGAUGGCCGCUGAACAACGCCCUGUCGGUCCACCCUGUGAUGAGGAUGUUUCCGGACUCCAACUUCAGGAACUACCACUGACAACUGGCAACGGCACCAUCUUAUGCGACGUAUCCAACCCUUUCCAUCGUCCAUUUGUGCCACCAUCCCUCCGCCGUAAAGUUUUCUCCUCCCUGCACAAUCUGUCUCACCCUGGGAGUCGAACAACCGACAAGCUGGUUUUCGACCGCUUCGUCUGGCCUGGUAUGCACAAGGACCUCAAGGCAUGGACACGGGCUUGUAUCGCCUGUCAACGAAGCAAGAUCCAGCGGCACAACAAGGCCCCCAUUGGCACCUUCCCUGGCCCUGGUGCAAGGUUCAGCCACGUUUACCUGGACAUUGUAGGCCCCCUGCCUCUGUCCAAUGGUUGUUCCUAUCUCCUCACCUGUGUGGAUCGGUUCACUCGGUGGCCUGAAGCAAUUCCCCUGCCUGAAAUUGCUGCUCCAACGGUGGUCCAGGCUUUCCUCAGUCGUUGGGUUGCUAUCUUUGGUGCACCCUCCACAAUCAUGACUGACCGUGGUGCCCCGUUUGAGUAUAAUCUCUUCCAGUCCUUACUCUCCUAUUUAGGCUGUACUCGCAUCCGCACAACAGCCUAUCAUCCGGCAGCCAACGGGAUGGUCGAGCGGUUCCAUCGCCAGCUGAACGCCUCCGUACGCGCCGCGGCCGAUCCGGAGAACUGGACGAACCACCUUCCCCUGGUCCUCUUGGGCAUCCGCUCCGCUCUCAAGUCGGACCUUGACUGUUCCGCAGCUGAACUGGUGUUCGGCGCCACCGUCCGACUCCCCGGUGAGAUGAUCUAGCCAACCCCGCGAGGUGCAGUUGAGGAUCCCACCAACCUCCUGCAUCGCCUCCGGCAGUUUAUGCGGACACUUUCUCCGGUUCCUCCCAGGUCCUCCGCCUCUCCGUCUUAUCUCGAGAGGGACUUGGCAACGUGCUCCCACGUCUACCUCCGAUGUGAUCGAGUCCGCCGGCCCCUGGAACCACCCUACGACGGCCCCUUCCAAAUUAUUUCUCGUGGGACGAAGAAAUUCCGCAUCCGACGCGGCACUCGCGAGGAGGUCGUGAGCGUGGGACAUCUCAAAGCUGCCGUCCCGGACACUCCUCCGGAUGAGCCCUGUGGUCCCCUACCCCCUGCUCCGUCUUCCCGACCCUCUAUCCCUCCGUUCCGUAUACUUCCUCUGCCCUCAUGUCCACAACCCACAACUGAAACUACCCCUUCAUCAACCAACAACACUGUAACCGUGAGCCAUACUCACUCUACUCCUGUGCCCCCAGUAUAUAUCACCCGUAGUGGACGCCAUGUUCAUUUCCUGACCGUUUGA